UAGCUCUUCUGAGAUAUGCUCAAUCGUAUAGUUAACUCUGUUCGAAACACACAACCGAGCACAGUACUUUAUCCAUGAGAACCAAGAUGGUACUUGCGGAAGUAAUCGGAGCUUUUAUCGUUAUCUUGAGCAUUGUGUACAUUUAUUAUAAAUAUGUAAUAUUUAAUUUCUGGCGCAAAAGAGGUAUUUUUUAUGUCAAACCUGUUGUACCAAUUGGAAAUAUAACACCUCUCGUAACUGGAAAAAUGCAAGUAGGCGUAUUCUUCCAAAAUGCCUACUUAAAAUAUAAGGAUCAUCAGGUUUUUGGAAUGUAUUCACUUUAUAAACCAAAUUUGAUAAUCGCCGAUCUUGAUCAUAUUCGAACGGUAUUGACAAAAGAAUUCAAGAGUUUCCAUGACCGUGGAAUUUUUGACAAUGACAGAAUUGAUCCAAUGUCUGGCAAUUUGUUUUUUAUGCCUGGAAAAAGAUGGCGAAAUAUGCGCGCCAAGUUGACACCCACAUUUACUUCAGACAAAAUGAAACGGAUGUUUUUUAUCCUGAAGGAGUGUAGCGAAGAACUCGUAAAACAUCUGGAAAGUAAAGCUCAAGUAGGAGAGUCCGUCGAAAUAAAAGAUAUUUUUGGAAGAUAUACGACAGACGUAAUUAUGUCGACAGCUUUUGGUGUCAAAUCUAACUGUAUUGAAGAACCAAAUAAUCAGUACCGAAUCCAGGGAAAAAAAUAUUUCGAUAUAACUCCUAUAAAGGUUGCUCUGAUUUUCUAUAUGCCGCAAGUCAUGAACUUCCUUUCUAUUCCCGCAACACCACCAUCUGUUACCAAGUUUUAUAUAAACAUGUUUCGAGAGAAUAUGGAAUAUAGGAAAGCUCAUCAUAUCGUCAGACAUGAUUUUAUGAAUUUGCUUAUUCAACUUAUGGAAAGAGGUUUCAUUGAUCCCGAAGAUAACAAAACGAUCAUCAACAAAUCAUCAAACAUAACCAAACUUACCAUGGAAGAAGCUGCUGCACAAAGUUUUAUCUUCUUCGCAGCUGGCUUUGAAACCUCCGCAACAACAAUGACAUUUGCAUUAUACGAAUUAGCUCAACAGCAUGAUAUACAAGACAAAACUCGCAACGAAAUCGAUGAAGUUUUAACAAAGCAUGGUGAAUUGACCUAUGAUGCUGUAAACGACAUGACAUAUCUUCAAAAAGUGAUCAGUGAAACUUUGAGGAAAUAUCCACCUGUUCCUAUCUUGAAUCGAAUUUGCACUAAGGAAAUAGAGCUACCAAACAUUCGCGUACCGAAGGGGACAUUAAUAACUAUACCGCUGCUUGGGCUGCAUCGAGAUCCAUCUAUAUAUCCGGAUCCGGAUAAAUUCGAUCCUGAGCGCUUCAACGCAGAUGAAAUAAAAGAAAGGCAUCCUUACGCCUAUAUGCCAUUCGGGGAAGGCCCCCGAAACUGCAUUGGUUUACGAUUUGGCUACUUGCAAGUAAAAGUUGGGCUCUUGAGUCUUCUAUCAAAAUACAAAUUCAAACUUCAUUCCCAGACUGCAGUGCCGCUUACUUUUUAUGAAGGAGCUCUAGUUCUCCAACCAAAAAGUGGUGUACAUCUUAUUAUAGAGCCACGAUAAAAUUAUCUUUUCUGCGUAAAAAUUAUCUGUCUUAAUUUAUACGAGGAUUGUACUUACAAACGAAAAUUAGGCUCGUGAGUCUUCUGUCGAAAUAUAAGUUUGAACUUCAUUCUCGGACCCCGGUCCCGCUUACUUAUAGUGAAAGAUCUCCGACUCUCGUACCGAAACGUGAUAUGCAUCUUAUUAUCGAGUCACGACAAAAUUAUUUUCUUCUUAAGUAAAAAUUACCUCUUUUAAUUUAUGUAAUA